UCAUGUUUCGAUUGUACGAUACCGAUGGCAAUGGCGUCCUGGAUACCGCCGAAAUGGAUGCGAUUGUUAAUCAAAUGAUGGCUGUUGCCGAAUAUCUUGGCUGGGAUGUUAGCGAAUUGCGACCGAUUCUGCAAGACAUGAUGGUGGAAAUUGACUACGAUGCCGAUGGUACAGUUUCCCUAGAAGAAUGGCAACGCGGCGGCUUGACAACAAUACCCCUGCUGGUAUUGCUGGGCGUUGACAAUACAGCACUGAAGGAGGAUGGCAUCCAUGUGUGGCGCUUAAAACAUUUCAGCAAACCGGCAUACUGUAAUCUCUGCCUGAAUAUGUUGGUUGGCCUUGGCAAGAAGGGUCUCUGUUGUGUGUUAUGCAAAUAUACGGUACAUGAACGUUGCGUGCAACAUGCGCCCGCCUCCUGCAUCACCACCUACGUCAAAUCGAAGAAGGCCAAAGGUGGCGGCGAUCUGCUACAUCACUGGGUCGAAGGUAACUGUUACGGUCGCUGCUCCAAGUGCCGCAAACGCAUCAAGGCAUAUCACGGCAUCACCGGGCUGACAUGUCGUUGGUGUCACAUGAUGCUUCAUAAUCGCUGCGCCUCCUCGGUGAAAAAGGAAUGCACACUCGGCGAGUAUGCGGAUUUAAUUGUACCUCCAACGGCCAUCUGUCCGGCAGUCUUGGAUCGCCAGCGCUCAGUAAAUCAAGCCAGCAAAAAAUCAAAUCAAAUCCAUCAGGCCACACACUUUCAAAUUACCCCGCCCAACGAAAGUAGCUGUCCGCUGUUGGUGUUCGUCAAUCCGAAAAGCGGCGGCCGGCAAGGUGAUCGCAUAUUGCGGAAAUUCCAAUAUAUGCUCAAUCCGAGGCAAGUUUAUGAUCUAUCCAAGGGUGGACCGAAGGAAGGUUUAACGCUUUUCAAGGAUUUACCAAAUUUCAAAGUGAUUUGUUGCGGUGGUGACGGCACAGUCGGUUGGGUACUGGAGGCGAUGGAUUCCAUUGAACUUGCCACACAACCAGCCAUUGGUGUCAUACCGCUGGGCACUGGUAACGACUUGGCGCGCUGCUUACGCUGGGGUGGUGGCUAUGAGGGCGAAAAUAUCCCUAAGCUAAUGGAGAAGAUUAAGCGGUCAUCGAUUGUGAUGUUAGAUCGUUGGAGUAUCGAGGUGACGAAUGCGGUGCCUGUGGAGGAGGUACUUCGACCAAAGGUCACGCUUCACUCGAAUAUGCAGAAAGUGAUUGAGCUAUCACAAAGUGUUGUGGUCGAGAAGGCGCUUUUCGAAAAAUUCGAGGAGAUUCAUCGCAGCACCAGCGUUUGUACGAAUAUAUGCAGCACCAGGCAUGAGCACAUGUCCACAAUGGCGUCAACAUCAUCUAUGAGUUCGUCGAUUACCACAGCCACUGAAUAUGCCACAGAGGCGGCGACGACGACGACGGGCGGCUGCGGUGACGGCGCUGGAGUUGGUGCUGAUGCUGGCGAUGAGAGCAACGGUGGCACUGGGCGCGCAACCAAAAGCAUAUCAAUGUCGACAUUCGAAACGAAACGCAUACUCGCCACACUCAGUAAUAGCAGCAGCAGUUGCAGCAGCGCCAGCACGAUUAUUAAACAACAACAGCAGCAGCAGCAGGAACGACAGAGUGAAAAUCACGAAAAAUCGCAAUCAGAAGACCUGCAAUCACCUGGCAUACCACAAAUGCCGGAAGCGGCUAAAAGUGAUGGUGUUAGUGCAGCUGCUGGUAAUGAUGAUGAUAAUAAUGGCGAUAAAAAUAACAAUAACAGUGCCAAUAACAAUGAAAAUAACAGCGAUAAAAGCAACAAUAGUGUUGUGGCAUUCGAUGAGCUCAAUUCAAUGCAUGCAACCGAUGCGCCAACAGACAUUCCAAACAACGCUGAAAAUGUGCAGAAAGACCAAAGCGUGUUGGCGGCAGAGCAAGCAGCAGCUAGUGGGCAGCAACAGCAACAAUUACAAAGACCAGCAAGCAGCAAAAGCAUAUCAAUACCGGUAGAUGGCACUGCACACUGCACAUCAGCCCCCCCAGAAGCUACCAGCAGCAGUAGCAUCAGCAUCAGCGCCACUGCCAAUACUCACACAAACCCUACUAGUUACAUUAGCAACGAUGAUGAGUGUUCAGCUGUAGCCGCAGCAACGGCAGCCACAGCCGCGGCCACCACAGCUAUAGUGCCAACAACGCCUUCAUCCCCUACAACGCCAUUGUUGCCCCUUCUGUGUUCUCACACGCAUUCACCCGCUGCCAAAGAGGCGGAUGAGGCUGUUGCAGCGCCUCUAUCUCCAACAGCAUUUGCAGAUCCUGCAACAACGACGGACGGCGCAUCAGCAGCUAAAAGUCAGGCAUCGACUUGUUUGCCGAAGCAAAUCAAAGUGCAGCCGGAAAAAGAUUGCACAGUGCCCUACAACAUCAUCAACAACUACUUUUCGGUUGGUGUGGAUGCAGCAAUUUGUGUCAAGUUUCACUUGGAGCGCGAGAAGAAUCCACACAAAUUCAACAGUCGCAUGAAAAAUAAGCUGUGGUAUUUUGAAUAUGCCACUUCGGAAACAUUUGCUGCAUCAUGCAAGAAUCUUCAUGAGAACAUAGAAAUUGUGUGCGAUGGCGUUUCCUUAAAUUUGGCAAAUGGACCACAUCUACAGGGUGUCGCUCUACUAAACAUUCCUUACACUCAUGGCGGCUCGAACUUGUGGGGUGAACAUCUUUCGCAAAAGCGAAUGCGCAAAAGUGCUGGUCCAUUUCGAAAAGGCAAGAAACUGAAAUCCUCGGAUAAGGAACUUUCAGCGACAAGUUUCACAUCUGUCGAUUUGUCAGUUGCAACUCAAGAUUUCGGUGAUCGCCUAAUUGAGGUUAUAGGUCUGGAAAAUUGUCUGCACAUGGGGCAAGUGCGUACCGGUCUUCGUGCCUCUGGUCGACGCUUGGCGCAAUGUUGUGAAGUAAUUAUUAAGACGAAGAAAACAUUUCCUAUGCAAAUUGAUGGCGAACCAUGGAUGCAAGUACCUUGCACGAUUAAAGUCACUCAUAAGAAUCAAGUUCCUAUGCUAAUGGCGCCACGUUCCGAAAAAGGUAGAGGCUUCUUCAAUUUACUUUGCAGCUGAUUUCGGCGGAGCGUAUCCGCUAGUAGUUCCAUAGGGGCAUCACUAACGGAACGACACCAACAACAACACAAAGAAACCACCGUCCAACACAUAGAAUAGCUUUAAUUUUAGCAACAUACAUACAUACAUACAUACCACAACAAGUCCAAAAAUCGCAAAACGGAAAACGGAAGUGGAGAAAUAUUUAAAUGAAUAAAAUGAAGAGAAACUAUUUUACGCAUACAUAUACACACAUACAUAUAAUACAAGGAAAAAAAACAAAAACAAUUGUAAACCUGUUAUGCAGUUUAGAAAUAGAAACUUCUGCAGUGAGAAGAGAAUUUUUAUCAUAGAAAAUUGAGAAGCGAAAAAAUACAAAUUUUAAUGCAUU